GCACUGAAGGUAACUGUGAUUUGACCGAGUGUUUUCUAACCUACCAAGUUAAUUUAAGUCCGUUUUGAGAUUUUUUGGCACGAUUCAGACGCAAAGCUUUGUAAUAUUAAUUAUUAAUGCAGAGUUUUGCGUAGUACAGAAUAAAGUAACAAUAAAUCAAUUUCUCGACACUUUCUUACAUAUUCCAUUAGUCAGGCUUGCGUUCUAGGUUAUUGAACAACCGGUGUGAAAUGCUCAAGCAAGGUUUAAGAUCGUUUGCAUUGUGUAAUGUAAAUCAGAUUUUACCAGGCAUAUCAAAAAAGGGAAAUACGAUAUGUGCCAGCGUGAUUCAGCCUCAGAAUGUUCAAACAUUGUGCACUGCCCCAGUUGUAAAAACAUGGGAUUUAUACAGUGCUGUCUGUUUAGAACGUCAUCCCAUUAUAACAAAACCGAUGCAAGAAAUAGAAUUAAAAUUUUAUACUCUGUUGAAGCAAAUCGAACUUGAGAACAGCAUGAUAUGUGAUUAUGAAUUAAAAGUGGAAGAAAAAAAACAGUUAAAGAAGGUAGAUGACAAUGCGGAUAUGGAUUCUCCCUUAUUGCAGACUGUACAGGACUUUGAAGAUAAUUGUCAGGAAGAAUUUAACAACUUUAAAUUUGCACCAAGGAUUACAAAAUUUGAUGAACAAAAUAUAACGUCAUCCUUGGAACGUAAACUGGAUCAAAGUUUACUCUUGCUGGUACAACAAAAAGUGGGUAAUAAGAGUUACUGGAUACCUCCGCAGGGUAUUCGGAAGGAAGGAGAGACUAUGCGACAGACUGCUAAAAGAGUAUUGCAAGAUACAUGUGGUACAGAGAUAAAAGCAAAAUUUUAUGGAAACGCACCUAUUGGAUUCUAUAAAUAUACUUACUCAAAGAAACUUCGUGAGCAAGGAAGUUACGGUGCUAAAAUAUUUUAUUUUCUAGCAAAAUAUGUAGAUGGAAGUAUUAACGAUAAUAAUGUAAAAUAUCAAUGGUUGAAUCAUGAGGAAGCCGAAAAAAUAUUACCUAAUGACAUGAGAAAGAGUAUUUCACAAUUUAUGAUAUUUAAUUAAAUAAAAUGUAAAACGUUG